AUGUAUUUAUGUUUUAAAGUUUACAUUUGCCUUUUGGUAUUUUUAAGUUUAAAUUUAGCUCAUAGUGCUCUAUUGAAUAAAGAUCUUUAUAGAUUGGAUAUAAUUCACUAUAAUGAUUUUCACGAUAGAUUUGAAGAGACUACAGCUUUAUAUCCCGUGUGUGACUCAAAUAAUAACGAUUGUCUGGGAGGCUUCGCUCGUUUGUACUAUGAAAUCCAUGCGUUACUGAAAGAAAAAAACAAUGCACUUUUAUUAAAUGCCGGUGAUACUUUUCAAGGCACGUAUUGGUAUACGCUAAUGAAAUGGAAUAUAACGCAGAAAUUCAUAAAUUUACUACCCAACGACGUACAUACAAUAGGUAAUCACGAAUUCGAUGGUGGAGUAGCAGGCCUCGCUCCAUACCUUGCAGCGCUCCGUGCACCGGUUGUUGUUGCUAAUAUCGACACAAGUGCUGAACCUGGUUUAGGCAGUCUAUACAAAUCACAUGUAAUACUAGAGAAAAAAGGCAGAAAAAUAGGUAUAAUAGGGUUAACUACUCCAGAAACGAGGACAACUUCAAAUUCAGAAGAUGUUAAAUUUUUGGAUCCUGUUACCACUACUAAAAAAGAAGUUGAAUUGCUGACUAAGCAAGGCGUUGAUAUUAUAAUUGUUCUCUCACACUGCGGUCUUGAAGUUGAUAAAAAAAUAGCAAAAACGGUUGGUGAAAACUUAGAUAUUAUAGUGGGUGGUCAUUCACACAGCUUGUUAUGGAACGGAAAGGCGCCAACUAAGGAACACGUGUCUGGGACAUAUCCGAUUGUUAUUACGCCUGACGCUAAUCCCGAUCAUAAGGUACUGGUUGUAAGUGCGGCUUCGUUUUCCAAGUACUUGGGCAAUAUGACUGUGUUUUUUGAUAGAAAAGGUGAUAUAGUCGAUUAUUUCGGUACACCAGUGUUUCUCAAUAGGUCAAUACCAGAAGAUCCAGAAAUAAAGGCUCUUUUAAAACCGUACACAGAAAAGUUACAUUCAUUAGUAAGGGAAGUUGUGGGAUACGCUAACGAAGACCUUUUAGAUUCGAAGUGUAGUUCACAGGAGUGCGCUGUCGGUAAUUUAGUAGCAGAUGCCUUUUUAGAUGCCACUAAGGAGUUAAAGCUUUCAAACCUUACCCAUGUGUCGUUUAUAUUGAGAGAUAUGGUGCGCGGAUCAUUAUCGAAAGGAGAAAUCACAAGGGGCGCAAUUAUUAAUACUUUGCCUUUUACAAAUAAGGUUGUCACAUUCGCACUUCCGGGUCGCUAUUUGCGCCAUAUUUUUAAAAUUUGCAUGACCAAUUAUUAUGUUGCCAAACCAUUUAAUGGUCCGUGGAUGCCGCAUGUUGCAGGUCUUCGGUUAACAAUUAACUUGACUCAAGGUGUUGAUGUAGUUGCCCAAGUUAAAGAGGGUGGAGAAUUCAAAGAUUUAGAUCCAGAUAGAGAAUAUCAAGUAUCAACGCUUGGAUUUUUACUUCGGAGUCGAAAUAAUGCGUUUGAGGUGCUGAGACGUUAUGGAAGGAAUAUAAGAGCGGUUGGAAAAGAUAGUGAUGUUUUAGAAAGUUUUAUAAGAAGAACUUCUCCACUAACACCUGUAUUAAAUAAUAGACUUACUGUAAUAAAUUAA